AUGUCAAAUUACGAUACGGUUAUUCUCGAUAUUGAAGGGACCAUUACCCCCAUUACUUUUGUUAAAGAAACUUUGUUUCCUUAUGUUACCUCGGGCUUGUCUGCCUUUUUAGAUAGAACUUGGAAUUCAGAGGAUUUAAAAAAACAAAUUGAAUUACUUCGUGUUCAGGCUAAAAAAGAUGUAGAAGACAAAAUUCCUCAAGCCAUUUUAAUUCCUACAGAGACAGAAGCUUCCUCUGAAGAAAUUAAGGCUGCAGUUACAGAAACAAUUGCUUGGCAAAUGCAAAUGGAUCGUAAAAUUGGGGCACUUAAAUCAUUUCAAGGAUACAUGUGGAAAGAGGGUUAUGAAUCUGGAAUUCUCUGUGGCGUUGUUUAUGACGAUGUUACGCCUGUAUUAGAUAAAUGGAAGGCAGAAGGGAAAAAAAUUUACAUUUAUUCAUCUGGUAGUGUUCCAGCCCAAAAAUUGUUGGUUGGAUAUUCAACAAAGGGUGACUUGACAUCUUACUUUUCGGGAUAUUUUGAUACAAAUGUUGGAUUGAAGACAGAAACCGAAUCUUAUAGAAAUAUUGCAAAGCAAAUUGGCAAAGAAAAUGAGACAAGUAGCAUUUUGUUCGUUACUGAUAAUAUUAAAGAAAUCUUUGCUGCUAAAGAAGCAGGAUAUCAAGUAAUCAUUUCAGAUCGUCCAGGUAAUUCACCUUUGGGCCCCGAAAGUAAAGAAUUUAAAAUCAUUACUUCUUUUGAUCAAAUUUAA